UAACCCACCUACCCACCUCUUCCCGUCAUUCUCUAUCCCUCCGAACUCCACUCACUCACCUCGACCUCUUUUUUCUAUGCUAUACUCUACCUUACCUUAAUUCGUAAUAAUUCCCUCUCCUCCUCCGACCUCUCUCUCAGCUUUGUUCCUUUUUCUGUUUAUUUCCAUUUCUCGUAUUUGUAUUUGCACCUUUCUUUGUUGUUCCUCUCUCUUUGUCUCUGUCUCUCCGAGUCUUGAUCCAGGACCUCAAGCCGAGUACUCCGACUUCCGAGAAACCUCAACGCCCUGUUCCAGAAAAAGAGAGCGAGAGAGAGAGAGAGACUCGAAUUGGUCUCACUGUAACCAAGCCACUUCCAUUGUGUCUGGCUUGUGUUUGUUGCAUCUUCGCUUGUCCAACUUGCAUCAGGUUCUGGUCAUCAGUCGGCAUCUUUGCUGUGCCGUUUUGUUUCCAAUGCUGGGCUCGUAAUUCUAAUCCUUUAAUACAUCUCGCCAACUCUGGCUCAAGAGGCCUCGCCUCGUUUCUGUCUUCCUGUCCGGACGCGUUUGAGACAAGCGCUUCCAAUUAGCUUUGGCUCUGGUCUCACUCCAUUUUUGUUCAAUACAAGUCAAUCCAGGUUAUAUCAACCACCUCCAAGUGCAUAUUCUUCUGUACUCGCCAGGGAGGUUUGGUUGAAUUGACUCAGUAUAGCUUCAAUAUGCGCCCAGGAUCUCUAUUGGCGCAAUUGGCCCUGGCCUCAUCUGCUCAUGCCUUCUUCCCUUAUAGUCCGAGCUGGCGUGUCGAUGUAGGACAAAGGCGUAUGGCUCGAAGUCCCAAGAGUGUGGGCAAUGGUGGUGGUGUACGUAUGGAUAUCAAGCAAAGAUCACCUCAGUCUAGCCAACCGAUAACUGAGAGAGCAGCUCACGAAGCAGCACGAUUGAUCGCCAAAUAUGCUGGAGGAAGCAUCCCUGACACCAGUACGCUGCUCAAGCGUGAUAACAAAUACGAUGUCAUGGAGGCCACAGAAUCGACAAAGAAGCACACUCAGGGUGUUGACCAGGACGGAACUGACUAUUCAUACUUCAUCGAGGUUGAGGUUGGAUCGAAAAAGAAGACGAUGUACAUGCUUAUCGACACUGGCGCUGGAUCAAGUUGGGUUAUGGGCUCUUCUUGUUCCAGCAAAGCGUGUCAGAUGCACAAUACAUUCGGCGAAGGCGAUUCGGACUCACUCGAAGUAUCAAAAUCCGACUUCAACAUUGCAUAUGGCUCUGGAAAGGUCUCUGGUACCUGGGCAACCGACACAAUCACCGUGGCUGGCAUGAGCAUCAAUUAUCAGUUCGGAUUGACGCAUACGACCUCGGACCAGUUCAUCGAAUUCGCUUUUGACGGCAUUCUUGGUCUCGCCAUUAACAAAGGAUCCGACAGCAACUUUCUCAAUGCCCUGGCCAAGUCUAAGGAAGUCGAAAAGAACAUGUUCUGCGUUGCUCUGAACCGUGCAGCUGACGGUACAAACGAAGGAGAAAUCAGCUUUGGCUCACCGAAUCCCGACAAGUAUUCCGGCAAGAUCACGUAUACUUCUAUCGGCGAAGACAAUGACUGGGCUAUUGAGAUCGACGACAUGGGCUACAACGGCAAGAAGGCAGAUAUCGGUGGCAUCCGCAGCUUCAUCGACACUGGAACAUCUUUCAUGUUUGGAUCACCGGACAACGUUAAGAAGCUCCAUGCUCUUAUCGAUGGAGCCCAGAGCAACGAUGGCACCACAUAUACUGUUCCUUGCGACAGCAACGGCAACUUGACCGUGACUUUCUCUGGAGUCGACUAUGUCAUCUCCCCAAAGGACUGGGUUUCUCCUCCUAACAAGGAUGGCAAAUGCACCAGCAAUGUCUACGGUUUCGAGGUUGUGAAGGGAGCAUGGCUCUUGGGCGACACCUUUAUCAAGAACGUCUACGCCGUUUUUGAUGCGGACGAGCGCCGAAUUGGCUUUGCUACCAACGCUAUUACGGAUGGCUCAAGCACCGACAGUGAAGACAGCAGCUCUUCAACAAAGACCAUGACCACCACCAGUGAAGCGACCACAACGUCUGGCGACACCGAAGAGACUGGCAUCACAACCACCUCCGGAUCAAAGGCAACUGCAGUGCCAGACAUGGGUCUUGGUAAAGAAUCUGUCUCAUCUGGCACAGCCACUGCUGAUUCAAGCGAACCUACCGAAACAAAAGACUCAUCAGCACCUUCAGGGCCACUAUCACAAUCCCGCUUCACAUUCAUUUUCUGUAUAGUACCAUUUUUCGCCCUCCUGGCAUAGAAAUAGCCAGAUGAGCGGCACUACAUUCUUUUUAAUACCCAGAUACAAUCGCUAGAAGCGCAGAGAAACGCGUAUACAUAUCGUGAGAGCUGCAUAGAACACGAAGACAUCGUGUUAGGAAUACGAGGACAGAGAGAUCAAAGUAUGGGAUGACAAGAUGUGGUUCGAGCUACAAUGAUACCCGAUCGAACAGAGGAGAACAUGACGGGUUCCUACAGAUGGCAGAUGAAGCCAUGCUACAAGUAUAUAUUUUUUUGGUAGACAUAGACCAUCACCAUCAAUAGAAACCAACAUCCGAUGGACUGAAUUGCUCUCUAGUGGUACUUAUGUGAACCAGCAGAUUGGUGUAGAUCAG